AUGAAACUUCUCGGUCGGCUAUGUGACACGGGAUCAACUGGUUACCACUCAAGUCUGUCCUGGCCAAGCUUCGGUUUCAGACAUUUUAACUACACUACUGCCGUCAACAACAACAGAACACCAUACAAGAUCAACUACAACUAUGACGACUCCAUCUCCAACGACAAGUACUACUACAACGACCAUAAAAACAACAAAGAUUGCAACGACAACAACACCUACACCAACGACUAUUCCCACAACAACAACAACAACAACACAACCUACACUGACAACACCUGCUUCAACACAAUCGAUAACAACAACAGCAAAAACAACAUAUACAUCAACGACUUCUCCCACAACAACAACAGUAACAAUAACACAUACAUCAACAACACCUAUUCCAUCACCAUCAAUAACAACAACAACAUCAACAACAACACCUACAUCAACGACUUCUCCCACAACAACAACAACAACAACACAGCCUACAUCAACAACUCCUUCGACAACAACAUCGAUAACAACAACAGCAACAUUAACAUAUUCAUCAACGAUUUCUCCUUCAACAACAACAGUUACAACAACAACUUCAUCAAAAGAGCCUGCUCCAACAACAUCAAUAACAACAACAUCAACAAUUUCUCCAACAACAACAACAACAGCAUUUACAACAACAACACCUACUCCAACAACACCUACUCCAACAACAUCAAUAACAACAACACCACCAACUACAAGAACAUCAACAACACCUUCAACAACAACAACUUCAACAACCCCAAAACCAACAACAACUACCGUUCCAACAACUACUACAACAACAGAGCCUUCUAUGAAAAAUCGACCUGACCUAUGCUCAGCCGUUGUGCACAUGUACACGCAACAAGAACAAGGUGCGCUCACUCAGUACGGGGACCAUUGCUAUCAGCUGGUGCCGCACAAGCUUACCUGGACAAUGGCCGAGAUGGACUGCCGGUCCAAGGGUGGCAAUCUCAUACGACUCAUUGGCAUCGGUAUACAGACUUAUAUUUAUAACUGGGUCCAUUCGUUUCGCUUCACGGCACCGAUAUGGCUCGGACUCCACGGCUCCGGUGAAUACCAUUGGAUAACAGGAGACUCCUUAAGGUACUCAAACUGGUAUUCAGCAAAUCCCGGCAUGCAGCGUGAGCAUUGUGCCUUGAUGAAGCCGGAUUGGCCAUUCUAUGGCAAAUGGGAAGUGGAGGACUGUGAUUCAACUUCUGUAACGAACGCAUUCAUAUGCGAAUACAGAACGAGCGAUGAUGAAAUUAUUGGGUAAUCAGGUCAACAUUCCCCCAAAAAAUGACAUGCUUUGCGAGUGUAUAAAAGCGCAAUAAAUUCAAAUGAAUAAUUUAAA